AUGGACUACUCUGCUGUUUCAGGUGAUACUGAUGCUCUUCAUGAAGCAUCUCCCUGGGGCUCCUCUUCUCCUCGUGCAGACCGAAGUUUUCCAAAUCCCGCUGCCGAUUCUCCAGAGUCUCCCGCUCCGAUUCGAGGGCAUUCGUACCAUCAAUCGCAAGACAGCAUUCCGGACACCCCCUAUCUACCUCAAGCAGGUCCCACAGAACCUCCCGAUCAGGCCCCAAACCAAGCCUCGCCCCAGAUACCGGAGCGGACGCAAGCUGCGGCAGCAAACCUGCAGGAUAGUCAGGUACCAGCCCUUGUCCAACAGAAUGCUGGUCCACCACAGCCGCGACCGGGUGCGGCUAGAUACCAUAGUGCCAAACAGCAAAGGCCUGUUCCACAGUAUAAGUUACAAGCCAAGGUAACGGCCUUGGAAAGGACAGGACGCAAAGAUCCCGUCAUUAGGUUUGACGUCCACACCAAUCUGCCCAAGUUCCGCACCACCCAGUUCCGAGAUGUCCGUCGAACUCAUUCCGAAUUCGUCAAGCUUGCGGAGCAUCUAAUAUCUUCGAAUCCGGAAGCCCUGGUGCCUGCUGUCCCGCCGAGUCUCACGUCCGCUGGGGCGGGGACCGACGAGGACGAAGCUCGUGUCAAACAAUCCAUACAAAGGUGGCUCAAUUGCGUCUGUAGCAAUGACGCGCUCAUGCGCGAUGAAGAGAUGGUAUUCUUCGUGGAAAGCGAUUUUGGCUAUUCACCUGUCGUGAGGAUGAAACAGCCCGCAACAGGUGUCCGACGGAAGGUCAUAAAACAGUUUGCACCUCCACCGGAUGAUACCCCUGAGCUGCACGAAGCUCGUCCCAUGGUUAAGAUGUUCUAUUUGGGCUCGCUGGACACGACACUGGGUCUUGCGGAAUCAUCUCUCGGAGAAAAGAUGGGCCAAAUGCACGUGCAGGAAACACACCCGGGCCUCUCAACUGCUUAUCGGAAAUUGGGCCGCAUAAUUCAAACGUGUGGCGAUUAUCAUGCGGCACAGGGAACUGCCGAAGCUACCACUCUCGGUGAUCCUCUCACCUAUCAUUCCUCCGACGCAUUCAUUGUCAAAGAGACUCUGACCAAUCGACAUAUCCUCCUCCGUGAAUUAAUCCAAGCCGAGGCAUCUCGACGCAGCAAGGAGACGGCCGUGCAGCGACUGAAGAGCAGCUCCAACGUCCGACGGGAUAAAGUUGACGAGGCGAUUUCGGCACUGGACGAAGCUUUGAGCCAGGAGAACUACCUGCGCUCUAAAACUCAGCGCGUCACGGCAAAUCUUCUGCUUGAGAAGCGCAAAUGGUUCGAACGAACCUCGAACGAAUUUCUGUUUUCUCUUCGAGAGUACGUCUUGCGUCAGAUCGAAGCUGAGCGCCGGACGUUGGCAACGCUGGAGUCCGUUCGGCCCGAUAUUCGAGCCAUUGACGCCUCGGGUGGGUUGAGUCGGCUGGGCCGAGAGAGUCAUCCUACUGUCCGCAGGGUCAGCAUGGCAAGUAGUCAAGGAGCCAAGGGCGACGCCUGGAGCGGUGUGCCACGAAGUAGAGACGCUCUGUCGCGCAGUUUGAGCGGAAGUUUCGGACCCGGUGGCAUCCCGGAAGCGGACGAGAAUGGGACAGAUGCGGAUGGAUCGAUGCGUGGUGGGAGACCGAGAAGUGGAACGGGAACCGCGAGUUUGGAACGUGUCAAAGAAGACGAGGAUGAUGAUCGCGUCGAUGCUAGGAACGCGGCGAGUCGGUUGGCGCAGAGCACGUUUUGA